AUGGAAAGCAUCCACCAGGCAAACCAUCACAUCAACCAUCACAACAUCAACCAUCACAACGUCGACCAUCACAACAUCAACCGUCACAACAUCAACCGUCACAUCAACCAUCACAACAUAAAACAUCACAUCAACCAUCACAACAUCAACCGUCACAACAUCAACCAUCACAACGUCGACCGUCACAACAUCAACCGUCACAACAUCAACCGUCACAACAUCAACCGUCACAACAUCAACCGUCACAUCAACCAUCACAACAUCAACCGUCACAACAUCAACCGUCACAACAUCAACCGUCACAUCAACCAUCACAACGUCGACCAUCACAACAUCAACCGUCACAACAUCAACCGUCACAACAUCAACCGUCACAACAUCAACCGUCACAUCAACCAUCACAACAUCAACCAUCACAACAUCAACCGUCACAACAUCAACCGUCACAACAUCAACCGUCACAUCAACCGUCACAUCAACCAUCACAACAUCAACCGUCACAACAUCAACCGUCACAUCAACCAUCACAACAUCAACCAUCACAUCAACCAUCACAACAUCAACCAUCACAUCAACCAUCACAACAUCAACCAUCACAUCAACCAUCACAACAUCAACCAUCACAACAUCAACCAUCACAUCAACCAUCACAACAUCAACCAUCACAUCAACCAUCACAACAUCAACCGUCACAACAUCAACCGUCACAUCAACCAUCACAACAUCAACCAUCACAUCAACCAUCACAACAUAAAACAUCACAUCAACUAUCACAACAUCAACCGUCACAACAUCAACCGUCACAUCAACCAUCACAACAUCAACCAUCACAACAUCAACCGUCACAUCAACCGUCACAACAUCAACCGUCACAAUAAUAAUAAUAAUAUCACAUCAACCAUCACAACAUCAACCGUCACAUCAACCAUCACAACAUCAACCAUCACAACAUCAACCAUCACAACAUAAAACAUCACAACAUAAAACAUCACAUCAACCAUCACAUCAACCAUCACAACAUCAACCAUCACAACAUAAAACAUCACAUCAACCAUCACAACAUCAACCAUCACAUCAACCACUCAAAUAUGCCUGAUAUUUACAAACAAACGUGAAUAAUUAUUCGACUUAAAAUAAACCAAAACCUUGAAAUCA